AAGCUACUGAAUUCCGAGUUGGACAUACAUUGCCCUCCAAGUGGAAAUCCUCAGCCCAUAUAUGCUGGGAGCCAGGCGGUGGCCUCGCCGCGCCGCCCCCAUCGCUCCGCCCUCUCCGCCUACGUGAUCACUGCCUGUACGCAGAUCGAUCUGCCGGGCGGCCGGCGCCCGCACCAACUCGCCGCUGGUGUCACAGGUUUGGCAGUCAAUUCAUUCCCUAAUGUGUAGAAGUAAGAAAGCAAAGCUUUCUGAUGGCAGAUCAAUCUUCACAAACAAACAUCAACCCAACGACUUGUUUGAAAGCCUUCCACAGGAUAUCCUAUGUUUGAUCCUAUCAAAGCUGCCCCUGAAUGAAAUUGUAAGGACCAGUACUCUUUCGACCAAGUGGAGACACACAUGGACAUCAUGCACUAAAUUAAGAUUUGACGGCGCCAUGAUGUGUGGCAACGGUACUUCCAGCAAAGAGCGGUGCACACAGAAUUUCAUCGAAAGGGUUAAUGCCAUCUUGAAGCAGUGUGGUGCUACGGCUGUUGAAGAGUUUAAGAUUAAGUUUCCUUUCGACAACAUGCUAGUGGGUCAUCUCAACAGCUGGGUCAAAUUUGCUGUCUCGUCACGGGCAAAAAAUCUAGCAAUUGAUUUGGAGCCGGAGGACUUCAGAUGCUGCAAAUAUCGGCACAGGUUCCCAUUUGAGCUUUUCGACAAGCGAAGCAUGUCUCACCUUGAGACUAUUUAUCUUAGCAUGGUGUCUCUUAAAGCACAACCCAGUUUUACUGGUUUUCCAAACCUCAAAGUACUUGAUCUCCGCCUUGUGGACGUCUCUUCGAAUGAUCUUCAGGUUGUUCUGUCGAGUUGCAUCAAUCUUGAGAGAUUAAGCAUCGUUCUGUGUGACCUGUGUGAUCACAUAACAGUAUCACUUCCGCGUCUGCAGCAUUUGCAUGUGUCGCACUCUGACAUAUACAAAAUACACUUCGUCUCCAAGAACCUCAGAACUUUCGUGUAUGAUGGUACUAUGGAACCUCUUGAUCUCAGUGAAAGUCUGCAACUAAGACAUGCAGAUAUGCAUUUUCCGUGGUUAACACUGGAGCAUGCCAUUACUGAACUUCCCCGGGCUAUGCCUCAUGCAGAGAACCUGAAUCUGAGUGCAUACUUGCAAUUAAAGGUGCUUCACUUGCCAGAGGGCGCGAGCAAGUUUUCUCAUCUAAAGCAUCUGCAGCUGAAGUUGGGCUUCUCUUCAUACAAUCAGGACAAUCUCCUCUCUCUUGCUUCUUUUCUCAAAGCCGCUCCAGUAUUAGAGGAUUUAGAUAUACAUUUUCUGCACCACAGCUUUCCGCUGCAAGAUUUCGAGAAGUUGCCUAUCAGGUGCCUCCCUCCAUGUCGCCACGAUCAUCUCAAGAGGGUGCUCAUCACCGGGUUCCACGGGACCCGGGGCGAGAUCGAACUCGCAGCUCACGUCGCCGUGAACUCCACCAGGCUUGAGCACUUCGUCAUAGAUUCGGCCAUGAGAGGUGUGAAUAAUACUUGGCUUAUGCUAAGGCCUAAGGGAAGAGAUAUGUUUUUGUGUAUGGCCCGUGAGAAUGCUAGGAAGUACAUUACCGGGAAAGUCGCACAGGGCGCACUGUUUGAUGUUAUCUAAUGAUCGUGAAUGUUGUAAUUAUGUAUUCCUCUUCAAAGGCUUGGCUUUGGGAGUAGUUAUUCUCUUAGUAUUAGCUCCUGAUAUUCAUGCCCUUUCUGAACUAUUCCUAGUCCUUCCGACUCGACUAUGUAAAGUUUGGCUGUAAUUUGUGGAGCCGA